CCUUCACUGCCUCACCCGUUUGAUCCCGCCUCUCUUCCCGGCAACUCCCCGAUUGGCUUCCCAGCCUGCGAGUGCGUCCAAUGAUUGGCCGGAGCGCCGUCACCCUGUGAUACGCGUGCCCCGUGGGCGGAGCCUGCCAGCGAGAGUCCGACUGCCUGGUGCGGCGCGCGCAGCUCCACUUUGUCAGCGGGCGGCGCGGUCGAGCGCUCGGCCCCGGGCUUGGAGCGUGGAGCCGACGGGGAGAGUAAAGGAGCGGCGGGGCGGGGAGCUGGGAGGCAUGGCGCGGCCCGACGACGACGAGGAGGGGCCGGCCGUGGGGCCCGGGCACCCGCUGGCGAAAGGAUACCUUCCGGUGCUGAGAGGCGCCCCGGACGGGGAGGCGCACGCGGAGCUGCAGGAAGGGCCUGAGGGGGAGAUCGGAGGCCCGGAACACGGCCCCGUGAUCGCGGGAGCCCCGGACGGACCCCAAGCCCUGCUGGCAGCGGAGGAGGAGACCCAGGCCCGGCUGCUGCCCGCAGGCGGUGGAGAGGACGACCCGGUCCCCACGCGCUCCCCGCGCACGGCACUGUCGCCGCGGCGCUUCGUGGUGCUACUCAUCUUCAGCUCGUACUCGCUGGUGAACGCCUUCCAUUGGAUCCAGUACAGCAUCAUCAGCAACGUGUUCGAGGGCUUCUACGGCGUGUCGGCGCUGCACAUCAACUGGCUGUCCAUGGUGUACAUGCUGGCCUAUGUGCCCCUCAUCUUCCCGGCCACCUGGCUGCUGGACACGCGAGGCCUGCGGCUCACGGCGCUGCUGGGCUCCGGCCUCAACUGCCUGGGCGCCUGGGUCAAGUGCGGCAGCGUGCAGCGGCACCUCUUCUGGGUCACCAUGCUGGGGCAGAGCCUGUGCUCCGUGGCGCAGGUCUUCAUCCUGGGCUUGCCCUCCCGCAUCGCCUCCGUGUGGUUUGGACCCAAGGAGGUGUCGACGGCUUGUGCCACCGCGGUGCUGGGCAAUCAGCUUGGAGCUGCAGUUGGCUUUUUGUUGCCACCUGUUUUAGUGCCCAACGUGCAGAAUAACACAGACCUUCUGGCUUAUAACAUCAACACCAUGUUUUACGGAACAGCAUUUAUCUCCACACUUUUAUUUUUUUUAACAGUAAUUGCGUUCAAGGAAAAGCCUUUGUUACCGCCAAGUCAGGCUCAGGCAGCCCUGCAGGACAGCCCCCCUGCGAAGUACUCCUACAAGAGCUCCAUCUGGAACCUGUUCAGAAACGUCCCCUUUGUUCUCCUGCUGGUUAGUUAUGGUAUCAUGACUGGAGCAUUUUAUUCUGUUUCAACAUUAUUAAAUCAAAUGAUACUGACGUAUUAUGUGGGAGAAGAGGUGAAUGCUGGAAGGAUUGGGCUAACGCUGGUGGUAGCUGGAAUGGUGGGCUCCAUUCUUUGUGGAUUAUGGCUGGAUUACACCAAAACCUACAAACAGACGACUCUGAUCGUGUACGUGCUGUCAUUCAUUGGGAUGCUUGUGUUUACUUUCACACUGGACCUUGGGUACAUCAUUGUGGUGUUCGUCACUGGUGGGAUCCUUGGUUUCUUCAUGACUGGUUACCUCCCUCUGGGCUUUGAAUUUGCUGUUGAGAUCACUUACCCUGAAUCUGAAGGCACGUCCUCCGGGCUUCUCAAUGCUGCUGCUCAGAUAUUUGGAAUUUUGUUCACUUUGGCUCAGGGAAAGCUCAUGUCAGACUAUGACCCUGCAGCAGGAAACCUUUUCCUCUGUGCCUGGAUGUUCUUAGGCAUCAUUCUGACAGCCUUGAUCAAGACUGAUCUGAGGAGGCACAGCGUAAACAUGGGGAUGGCGAAUGGAGCUGUUAAAGCUGUGCCUGUUGAUAAUCUGACAGAUCAGAAACCAAAGGUGAUGUUGUCUAAGCAGUCAGAAUCUUCACUAUGAGGAGGGGACAGCACCUGCCCCUCAGCGUGGGCGUGCCAUCAUCCCUGGGGAGCUGUGUGAGCGAGCGGUGAGGACACUUACUUGAAAAUUACUGUGUGAACUCUGAAUGUUAUUUUGUUUUACUGUUAAUUUAGGCAACAUUUGGUUAAAAUGCCCUCGCUUGCGCCUUGUUAACACUACCGUUCGUCUAAUAUUGUCCGUUUUCAAUUGUGUAGCGUGUCCAUGAAGUAGCAAUCUUGACAUUUUUUCAGAACGUUUGUUUUUCGUGGGGCUCUAGUUCCCGUAAGACAUGUAAGAGUGCGUGCAGUUCACAUACAGACCUAUCCUGUGCGUUUCCAGUUAACUGCCGUCUCACUGGGCUGAGCAGUGUGAGCACCGAACACACCAGGAAGCACCAGCACACUCGAGGUCAGGGCUGGGAUCCGGAUUCCAGAGAAGUGCUCAGACUUUUCCCAUCUUUCAUGCUCUUGUUGUACAGUGUGUGUGACACAUUCCGUCCCACAAACAAACAAAAACAGUGUAUAAAGUAUAUCACAGAAUCCAUUAUACUCUGGUUAGCUAAGGAGCUGAGGCACACCCAGACCGUCUGGAGUUCCUCUCCGUGCUGACUUCAUUCAAAUAAAUAAAUGCUAAUACUGUAUUUUUCAGUGCAACUUAAAAAUAGAAUAGUUUCACGCCCAUUGUCUAUUUUUUACUCUCUUUCAAGAAAAUUUCACCAAAAAAAAAAAAAGCCGGGCGGUGGUGGCGCACGCCUUUAAUCCCAGCACUUGGGAGGCAGAGGCAGGCGGAUCUCUGUGAGUUCGAGACCAGCCUGGUCUACAAGAGCUAGUUCCAGGACAGGCUCCAAAACCACAGAGAAACCCUGUCUCGAAAAACCAAAAAAAAAAAAAAAAAGAAAGAAAAUUUCAUCUGUGUUACAUGCUAGCUCGUGAUUUCUUAUGUCACAUCAAUAUUUGCCUUGGAGAUGCCUAAGAUAAGGAGUCUGUGCUAACUUCAGAGAGCCCUUGGAAUACUAGCUGUUGGGUUUCUCUGACCUUUGCCCUCUGAAGGUUGCCAGCCUCUGCACAUGUUCUGUGAGUGCUGGGGACAGGUUCUCCUCCACCUCAGAGUGUACGUGGUCAUCACUGUGUGGGUGUCGAGUCUCUUUACAUGCUCAGGGCAAGGGGAAUGGGACCAAGUGAGUUUUCACAGUGCCUACCGCUGUCUUGUUCACAGUGAGACAUUGGCACUCCGACUCUAGGCAUAUCGCCAUGAUGUUUUAUCAACAGUAACAUUUAAAUAGUGUAAUUUUGUAAAUUUUACAAAAAAAUUACAUCAAAAAGCACCAGAAAAGUCAAUCUUGUAAUGAAUAUGUUUGAAACACAUGCAACUUUGAUUUAGGCAAUAUAUACAUUGAUUUAUUUUGAUAUUGUUCAUUUUCAUCAAAUGCUAUAAUCUGUGUAGAAUCUGACACUGGAAAUGUACUGGAAGAGUUACUAUCGCUCAGAAUCAGGACCUGGUUUUGUGUCCUUGGUGUGUUCUGUCAUGGUAACUCUGGACACAUCAUUUAGCCUCUCUGGCAGCAUUUUCGUGAUUCAGGAAAUAAAUACUUUAACUUUGAUCUUAAACAGUGGUUCUCAACCUAUGGGUUGUGACCCCUCUGGGAGUUGAAUGACCCUUUCACAGGGAUUUCAUAUCAGAUAUUUAUAUUAUGAUUUGUAACGGUAGCAAAAUUACAGUUAUGAAGGAACAAUGAAAUAAUUUUGUGGUUGGGGGUCACCACAACAUGAGGAACUGUGUUAAAGGGACAUUGCAUUAUGAAGGUUGAGAACCACUGAUCUUAAAGACCUCUUAAAAAUAUUGUUAGCCGGGCUGAGGUGGCGCACGUCUUUAAUCCCAGCACUCGGGAGGCAGCGGCAGGCGGAUCUCGAGUUCGAGGCCAGCCUGGUCUACAUAGUGAGUUCUAGGACAGCCAAGGCUACACAGAGAAACCCUGUCUUGAACAUCCCCCCCCCAAAAAAAAAGUCAUUCAUCAUAGAGUAGAGCGAAUCACUGUACCAUGGAAAAUCUAGUUCGAGUAAAACUCCUCGGACAAUUGAAUAAACACUUGUAUUGCUCCUGUGUAAAGACAGGGUCUUUCAGUAGUUUUUUAAGCUUUUUAGCCCGUCUGUAGUUCAGGCAAAUCAAUCUGUGUAAUCAGUAACUUCUUUUGAUAUUUAUGCCACAGGUUAAAGAUGACCAAAAAUACAGUCUCCCCCAACUGUUUUUAUCUUUAAAUGGACAGUACUGUUUACAACAAUCAUGUGUUUGUUGAGUUCCCGAAACUCUGAACAAAUCACAGUCGGAAGCUGGAAUAUUUAAUGUCUGAAAAGCAUGUGUGUGCUUUGCCAUUGUUUGGAAAGGGAUAGCGUACGGUGUAACAAUGCAAAGUGAAUUCCUGAUGUCGUCAGUAUUUUAAGUGAAUGUUGUAGAUAAUAGAAGGUGAGGACUUGAUAAAAUUUUGUGUCAUAGCUUUAGAAGUAGUAAUUAUCACCUGUGUCAGUUUUAGCAGAUGAUUUAGGAGCACAGUUGUGUUCUCAGAUGCCGUUGCACUCGGAAGCGCUGUGAACAUGGCUGUUGUCUUUGGGAAUGUUAGAGAAAUGUUUCGUGUGAAAUGUUUGUGUUAGUAACUGGAACAGCACCUGUGUCUGACGUCUUCAUUUCUAAUCUUAUUUUUGCUAUUUUUAUAAUUUCCUUAUGUGUUUUUCUUCAUUAUUUCAUACUUGAAAUAAAUUUAUUUUUUUAAUGCUA